UGAUUGAUCUUAAAGAUCGAUGGCCAAGAUCCUCGCGCACUAGCCCUAGUAGUUCCAUGUUGACCGCGGCGGUCAACAUUGUGAUAGAUUUACGUGAACUUUUGAAGCCGGCAGUGCUCGCCGGAGUUUCCACCUCCGCCGCCGGUUUCAGCCGUCAACAUCUACGUAGACAACAGAUCAUCUCACAUGUUGCACUUCUGCAAUGCCCUCUCUCCCAUCCCAAGCUCGCAUUUUCGCAAUCAAAUCCAGCUCUAGAACCGACAAGAACAACCUCAAGCGCCCUUGCUUGGUCCAGAAACUUGUUGAUCUCUGUUCGCAGGGCCACCUCAAACAAGCUGUUGAUUCUCUGGGCUUGUUAGCUCGAAAAGGCCUGCGUUUAGACUCCAACACUCUCGCUUUUCUCUUACAACACUGUGCCAGCUCGAAAUCCAUUAAGCUAGGCAAAUGGAUUCAUCUCCAUCUCAAACUCACGGGUUUAAAACAUCCAAAUACCUUCCUUGCGAACCAUUUGAUCAAUAUGUAUAGCAAGUGCGGGGAUCACGUCGAAGCACGCAAGAUAUUCGAUAAAAUGACUACAAAAAAUAUGUAUUCUUGGAACACCAUGCUCUCUGGAUAUGCCAAGCUAGGGAUGGCUAAGCCUGCCCGAAGGUUGUUCGAGAAAAUGCCUCAGAAGGACAUCGUUUCAUGGAAUAUAAUGGUCAUUGCUUAUGCACAGAGUGGGCAAAUCUAUGAAGCUCUGAGAUUCUAUAGGGAGUCAAGGGCAUCGAAUGUUGGGUUCAACGACUACACCCUUGCUGGUGUUAUUACAGUUUGUGUUAAGGCAAAGGAGCUGAUUCUGACGAGGCAAGUUCAUUGCCAGGUAUUAGUUGCCGGAUUUUUAUCAAAUUUGGUCCUUUCUAGCUCGAUUCUUGGUGCAUAUGCUAUGUGUGAAGAGAUGGGAGAUGCUAGGAGGUUGUUUGAUGCAAUGAGAACUAGGGAUGUUCUUACUUGGACCACUCUGGUUUCUGGAUAUGCAAAGUGGGGUGACAUGAAAUCAGCUAGAGAAUUGUUCAACAUGAUGCCUGAGAAGAACCCUGUGUCCUGGACUGCUUUAAUUGCUGGUUAUGCACGAAACGCCUGUGGUAAUGAGGCUGUUAUCUUACUUGCAGAGAUGAUUAAACAUCAAGUUAAACCUAACCAGUUUACUUUUAGUAGUUGCUUAUCUGCUUGUGCCAGUAUACCAUCACUUGUGCUUGGUAAACAAAUUCAUGCACUUUUGAUCGUAACAGGGUUCAGACCUAAUACCAUUCUAUUAAGGUCUCUCAUUGAGAUGUAUUCGAACUGUGGGAAUUUUGAAGAUGAGAAGAAGGUAUUCAAUAUUUUGGAUAGCAAGCAAAAUGUGGUGUCAUACGGUGUAAAACCAGGUAGGAUUACUUUCUUGGCAAUCUCAAUGUGUAUAGCGACACAGGGCUUGACUUAUUUAAAUCUGUCAGUCAUGCUUCAUGAAAUAGUGUUCCUGAUAAGAGCCAGACAUUUUGGUGAAGUUAUAUAUCAGAUUAGAAAGAUGCAUCAUUCCAGACCUAAUGGUCAUUUUUGGAACGCCGUUCCUGAUAUGUGUAGGACUCACAAUAAUGUUAAUAGAAUAGCGACUAAACAUCUUAUUGAGCUGGAGCCUCAUGCCCCUGCUACUUAUGUGUUAUUGUCGAGUAUAUACCCUUCCCUUGAAGAGGAUUGGACAAUGUUUAUGAUGAAUGAGAGAGAUGUAAAGAAAGAUCCGGCCUGUAGUUGGUUAGCAAUUGACAGUAGACUAUAUGUAAUAAGCCAAACCUUUUGUAAUGGAUACAUACAAGGUGAAACCUUUUUUCUUUGUUUUCUGCAGAAACAGAUGAGUUUGUCAACUGUAUUUUGUUCUGCUAUUCUGUCUUCUAAUUUGAAUAGCUAGCUUUCAGAACUUAUGUAUUUAUUUUUGUGUUUGAACCUUA